AUGUCUCCUCAACAGAAAGCUCUUCUUCUUUCUAAAAAGCACGGUGACUUUGAGCUUGGCUCCCGCAGCAUCCCCAGUCCUGGCACUGGGGAGGUUCUGGUCAAGGUUCAAUCUGUUGCUCUGAACCCGGUUGACUACAAGAUCAGAGAAACAGGGUAUUUCGUGACUGAUUACCCUGCCGUUCUGGGCGUGGAUAUUGCUGGCGUCGUCGAAGAACUAGGGGAGGGCGUCGAGAAUUUCCGCAAGGCGAUAGAGUGUAAGAUAACUCUUUUCUUUGGAUUGGCGCAUGGCAAUUUCACCAAUGACUUUGGUGCAUUUCAGCACUAUACGUUGACGGAUGCGCACUUCACAGCAAAGAUUCCUCCAAGCCAAUCUUUCGACAGCGCAGCCACUGUUCCCCUGGGGCUAGAUACUGCGCUUGUGGGGUUAUACGGAAAUCAUUUUGGAGCUGGGUUGACCCCUCCUUGGACGACAAAUGUUGUCGAAUCAAAAACACCUAUUGCCAUCCUCGGUGGUUCUUCCUCUGUGGGUUCAUACGCUAUCCAACUCGCUCGUCUGUCAGGAUUUUAUCCUAUCAUCGCUACAGCCUCUCCGAGCAAUGAAGAACUUGUCAAGGACUACGGCGCAACCCACUUUUUUGAUCGGAACCUUUCCGGCAAACAACUGAAGGCCGCCAUCAACAAAAUUACUGACAGCCCUAUCGGAAUUAUUUAUGACGCUAUCUCGUUGCCAGAAACACAGUCUGUUGCAUGGGAAUUGCUUGCAGACAAUGGCAUCCUCGUAUUGACCCUUCCUGCAUCAGUCAAGGAAGAUGAAGGGAGGGGGCGUAAGACUAUCUCAACCUUCGGGGGCCCACACGCCCCCCAGAAUGAAGAGCUCUGCACCAGCUCCUGGGCUGUGGUCGAAAAGUGGCUUUCAGAGGGCGCUAUACAGCCGAACAAGUAUGAGGUUCUGCCGAAUGGGCUUGAGGGUAUCAUUGGAGGACUGGAAAGGCUGAAGUCGGGACAGGUGUCUGGAACGAAGUUGGUUGCUCACCCUCAGGAAACACAGUGA